AUGUCUUCAAUAGAUUCAUACAAGCGAACCGAAGUGAUCGGUCAGGGAAAGUUUGGUGUGGUUUACAAAGGGUUCAAUGUCAAAACGAAGAAGGUUGUGGCCAUCAAGGUACUAGAGCUAGAUACUCAGUAUGAUGAGGUGGUCGAUGUCCAGCAGGAGAUUCAAUUUCUCGCUGAUUUGAAAAACGCCCCUAACGUGACACACUAUUAUGGCUCUUUCCUUAGUGAUACGAAGCUUUGGAUUAUCAUGGAAUACUGUGCUGGUGGGUCUGUGCGUACGUUAUUAAAGGCUGGCUUCUUUGAAGAAAAGUACAUUGCAGUUAUCGUCCGAGAGACCCUACUAGCCUUACUGGCUGUGCACAAGUUGGGCGUCAUUCAUCGUGAUUUGAAAGCAGCCAACAUUCUUAUCACCAACGAAGGAAAUGUUCAGGUGUGUGAUUUUGGUGUUGCAGCACAACUUUCUGCUAACUCCUCGAAACGUACUACCAUGGCAGGCACGCCCUUUUGGAUGGCCCCUGAGGUGAUUCGUGAAGGUGACCAAUAUAAUGUCAAGGCUGACAUUUGGUCUCUAGGUAUCACAGUUUUUGAGAUAGCUACUGGUAAUCCACCAUAUUCGGAUAAAUCCUCCAAUUGGGCGAUGACUAUGAUCGCUAAGCUGACUCCUCCCCGUCUAGAGGGAAGAGAAUACCCUCAAGCAUUGAAGGAAUGCAUUGCCCUAUGUCUUGACGAAAAUCCUGAGGAAAGACCAUCUGCUGAUGAAUUACUGAAGUGUAAGCUUGUCAAGCAGUAUAAAAGCAUGCCCACAAGCAUAUUGAAAGAGCUAGUCUCAAAAUACCUUUUAUGGCGUGAUAAAAACUCAAGGCGAGAUUCUGUCUUUUACAAUAUGAAUCAUGAUGAAUACAACGAGGAAACAUCUAACGAAAAUCAACUUCAGGUCAAGUGGGAUUUCGACUCUUUGAGUAGCAAGGAAUACAUUAUGGAUAAUGAUAUUCAUAUCAAAGAGGUUGAGCAGCAUUUUCCAUACCUUCGAGACGACGAUGGCGAAGAAACGCACGACUACACACUCACAUCUCAGCCAACCCACCAGGCUUCCACACUUCAUCCUAAUCCGAAAUACAGCUCUAGCAGCAACAAAAACACAAUUGCCCAACAAACAUAUACAGGUAACGACAAACCUUCCUCGAAUGUCCCGAAGUCUUUGAGGUCCCUUUUUGAAGAUGAUGAUGAUACUUCAAAUCGUGAUGAUAGUAUUUUUGAGGAUCCACGUCUUCCGGCUUUGGCUUCUGUUAAAGAUUCCUAUCGCACGGAAUCGCCAACGAUCGAAAUUCCAGACAUGGAAAGUUUGGCUAUCAUGUCGUCCACUAAUAAGGAUGCACAGAAUUCCACACAAACUUCUCACAAUGGGUCAAGAAUAGGGAAUAAGCAGAUGUCUCAUGAUGCAUUGCCGAUGUUAAACAAACCUCCAGCAUUAGUUCAUUCGCAAUCGGCGUCUGCAGCCCUAGAGCCAAGGCAUGGCUCUCCAUCAACUACCAGACCACGAAAGAAGACCAUUUCCAAUACCCAUGGAUCAAAUUCAGCAUUCCAACAAUCUGCACCUUUGCUGCCUUUAUCACAAGGACCGCAUCAUGAGCCCGUCAAUAGGCACGAGACACCUUCGCCAGGUGCGCCCCCGAUGAGCGCUCACGGUGAACAUGGGCCCACUCUCAGUCCAUCUAAGUCAAUGCGUGCUCUCCAUUCAAAUAGCAAUCCUAUGCUACAGCCAAUCAAUUCCAAGGUGAAUGGUGAAAAGGUGUCGCAGCCUAGCAAGGAAAUCAACACGAGCACUGCAAAUUCACAGGUGCCGUCUGGCACAAACCAUGGUCAAGCAAAGUCAAAACGAGAAAAGCCAUCACUAAGAAUUCAAAUGCCUGUUCCCAGUUCCUCUGUGAAUCUCAUGUCCGCGUUGACCAGCGAGGAUGCGGAGAAAAAGGGCAUACUCAACAAUGCUUCAACAGGCCACAUAAAUUCCGAGAAUAUCAAUCAGUUUGGCAUCAACCCUGCCCUUGUGGGUAAUGUUACGUCAAUGACUCCAGUCGCUGAAAAAGAUACACAGCUAGGUGAGCCAUUAGAUGUGAGAGACUUGCAACAGAGGCAACAGGCUUCCGUUCAGAAAAAAAUUUCAGCAAUGCUGGGGCCAAAGACUGCGCCCAUAAGCUCUUCUAACGCUGGCGGAAACUAUUUUGUUACAAGAAAUCAUCCCUCUCACUCGGUCAGUGGAGGUUCAAGCAUAUCUGCAAGCACCACUCCAGUUAGUGCGAAGCAGCUUCCAAGAUUCCCACAAAUUCCAACAAUCAACAAUGACUUAUUUAGUGAUGCUUUCCCUAAAGCUAAAUUGACCGGGGAAUUGGAGCUGAUUCUAAAACUUUUCAGCCAAGGCUUGGAUGCCCUUGAAAGCAGCUUACAAGAGAGACAAUCAUAUAGUUAA